GGCGCCUUUUACGACGCUUCGGGAGCGGCGCUUGGCGGCCGGCGCGGAGCCGAGUGAGCUCCGUGUGAGCGGCGGUGCCGAGGGAGCCGCGGGCGAGCCGGCGGACGGCGUCGCCAUGUCGCACGGCCACAGCCACGGCGGGGGCGGCUGUCGCUGCGCCGCGGAACGCGAGGAGCCGCCCGAGCAGCGCGGCCUGGCCUACGGGCUCUACCUGCGCAUCGACCUGGAGCGACUGCAGUGCCUCAACGAGAGCCGCGAGGGCAGCGGCCGCGGCGUCUUCAAGCCGUGGGAGGAGCGGAGCGACCGCUCUAAGUUUGUUGAAAGCGAUGCGGACGAAGAGCUUCUGUUUAAUAUUCCGUUUACGGGCAAUGUCAAACUCAAAGGCAUCAUCAUCAUGGGCGAGGACGAUGACUCACACCCCUCGGAGAUGAGACUGUACAAGAACAUCCCACAGAUGUCAUUCGAUGAUACAGAAAGAGAGCCAGACCAGACCUUUAGCCUGAACCGAGACAUUACAGGGGAAUUAGAGUAUGCUACAAAAAUUUCCCGGUUUUCAAACGUCUAUCAUCUUUCCAUCCAUAUUUCAAAAAACUUUGGCGCAGAUACCACGAAGAUCCUUUAUAUUGGCCUGAGGGGAGAGUGGACUGAGCUUCGCCGGCAUGAGGUGACCAUCUGCAACUAUGAAGCGUCAGCCAACCCAGCAGACCACCGGGUGCAUCAGGUCACCCCACAGACACAUUUCAUUUCUUAAGGGCCAGCCGGGGGUCCGUGAGAUGUGCAGAUGUGCUGUUAGUGAAGAUGUGCGACCACUUGCUGGCAAGGACAGAGAAUGCUCCAGCCGAGCUGCCUGCCACAGCCUCAGCCAGGCUUGUCUUGGGGUUGCUGCAGGAACCUGGCCUGUGGAAACCGCCUCCCCACUAGGGGCGGUGUGGGUGCCAAGGAACAGUCUCUCUCUAAGGCACUGCAGAAACUGGGUCUUAGACUGGGUGGCGCUGACAGUCAUGGAUAGUGCUCCCUUUCCCAAUCUGGCCACGGAGUUCCAUGUGUCUUCUUACCCGUGGCAGAUUUCUUGUGUGGUUUGUCCUCUUCAAAAAGGAUCCUCAGCUGUAGGAAUCCUUCGGAAACCCAAGACUUGUGUUUGAAUUACCCAUGGCGGGGGGGCGUGUCUCCAGCUCAAACCCCAUGAUGUCCCUGCUUGCCCCUCCUGUCAUUGCUCAGCAUUGUGUCAGUGCCGCUGGUGUCACAUGUCACACACAAGUGCCCCACGAAGGUGGGUGGAAAGGAAGGAGUCCCCUGGCACAGGACUGUUUGGGGAAGGUCUUUCACACUGUCUAGCCAAAUAGUUGGGAGAUCAUGGAGUUCUUUCUCGGGGUGACCUGGUUGGAGUAAGACUGAGACCUAGUAAAGAUUCUCCUCGGGACCUCCUUGGUGUUCCCUUGCUUCUAACUCGUGUUGUAAACCCAGUGCUGCUCCCUCUGUUCAUGGCUUUCCUUCACGGUGACAAAUGAGCUUCCUAAUAAAUCCUCAGAGACCUAA